AAGUUUCCUCAUUUUGGAGAAGGCCGACUUUUUUUUUUAAUUUUUUCCGUCGUUUAUAUAAUAAGUUCUUUAUUUGAAUUUAGACUUUUUUUAAGAGUACAUUUUGAAACACAUGUAUUUAGAUCGAUACAACUUUUUUAUAUGAUACGAUACCGGUGUUUAUGAAUUGUAUUGCAAAACACGUGUGGUGCAGUUGGAUAUUUUUUAACAGAUACAUUUACUGGAAAAUAUUUUCUGAAAGUAUGAGUAGUUUUACAAGUAGGGUUAAUUUAGUGUGCGGUAAGAAAGAAUGGUUUAGAGCACCUGAACACUAUGAUUUCUAUCAAGAAAUCGCAAGGUCAUCCUAUGCUGAUAUGCUACAUGAUACUGAGAGAAAUGAAAAAUAUUUUUCUGCAAUCAAGAAAGCCAUACAUACUAUGAAAGAACAAGGUAAAGCUGCGAAAGUCUUAGACAUAGGAACGGGGACUGGACUGUUAUCGAUGAUGGCUGCUUGGUGUGGUGCUGAUAGCAUUACAGCAUGUGAAGUUUUUGGCCCUGUUGGAAAAUGUGCUGAAGCUGUAAUUAAGGAAAAUGGUUUUGCAGAUAAAAUAAAGGUUUUGUUGAAACAUUCUUCACAGCUGACAGUUGGUCCAGAUGGUGACCUGAAAGAAAAAGCUAAUAUUUUAGUUGCUGAAGUUUUUGACACUGAGCUUAUUGGGGAAGGAGCCAUUUUAACAUUUCAUCAUGCUCUUAAGAAUUUGAUUGAGGCAGAUUCCAUAGUUAUACCAUCUGUAGCAUCUGUAUAUAUUCAAGUUAUUGAUUCGCCUUUCAUAUCAAAGUGGAUGAAACUUUCACCAGUGCACAUAAAUUCUAAUAAAAUGAUCACUCCUCCUUCAUUUGUUACUGAAUGUCCAGGUUCGUCUGUUGCUCAUGAUUUGCAGAUGUCUCAACUUCCUCAUGAUAAGUUCAAGACAUUGACAGAUCCAUUUUGCAUUUUUGAAUUUGACUUCACUGGCAAAAGUGAAAUAAAAGAGAAGAGAGUAGCUGUCAAACAAAUUCCUGUACAAGAUAAUGGCAAUUGUGAUGUUCUUUUUAUGUGGUGGGAGUUAAAAAUGGAUAUGGAUGGAGAUACACUUUUGAGUACUGCCCCUAAAUGGAUGCAGCCCGAUCCAACAAAAUCACAGUGGAGAGAUCACUGGAUGCAAGCAAUUUAUUAUUUGCCUGACACUACAAAAGUAUUAAAAGGGGACAUAAUUACUAUAAAUGCUUAUCAUGAUGCUCAUAGCUUUUGGUUUGGAACACCCAGAUUAGGAGUUGAAAAUAUUGAUAAAAGUGAUGACAAUGAGGAAAAUACGAUUGAAGAGAAACCAGGAUGUAGUUGUCUUAUGCAUGUUACUGAUUCUCGUUUAAGGAUUGGAAUGAAAAACGAUGCUGCUAGAAAUCACAUUUUUGCUGCAGCCCUAGAAAAGGUUAUUACUAUUUCUUCUGUAUGCCUUUGUAUAGGUGAUGGAUCACUUCUUCCUCUGAUGGCUGCAAAAUUAGGAGCUAAAAAAGUUUUUGCUGUUGAACCAAGCUAUUUACAUGAAACUAUGACUCGGGCUUAUAUAGAAGCCAAUGAUGUUAAAGAUAAGAUUACAAUUAUUAAGAAAGAGCCUCUUAAUCUCACAAAAGAAGAUUUAGAAAUGGAAGAAGUUAAUGUUUUAAUAUCAGAACCUUAUUUUGUCAACUCUAUUCGUCCUUGGGAUUUGACCUGCUUCCUGUGUUCAAGGCUGUCUUUGAAAGAUGUUUUACCAUCAGAUGUGAAAGUUAUACCACAGAUAGGAAGGCUAAGAGCAGUAGCAGUUGAUUUUGAAGAUUUGUGGAAAAUUAGGGCUCCAGUUAAUAGUGUUGAAGGUUUUAAUAUAACAAAGUUUGAUCAAAUGAUUCAGAAGGCAAUAUCACUUACUGAUGCUGUUAUCGAACCUCAUCCAUUAUGGGAAUACCCUUGCAAACCUCUCUCUGAUGCUUUUAAUCUUCUGAAAUUUGAUUAUGCUACGGGUAAUUGUCAGAACAAAGUGGAAGUUUGUGGAGAGCAACCUAUUACAAGUUCUGGAACGUGCAAUGGUGUCGCUCUUUGGGCUGAUUUCUAUGUGGAUGAUACAAUUUUGACAACUGGACCUGUUGAAGCUCUUAAACCAGACUGUCCCAUUAGUUGGUACAUGAAUAGCCAGCAGGGAGUGUAUUUCAUUGACCCUUUGUCUGUGACAACUGGACACCAUGUAUUAAAAUAUAACAUUUCAAUUAACUUUAAAACUUUUGAAUCUACUUUUACAUUUGCUAUUGAAGGAAGGGACACAGUGUAAUAUUCUAAUUUGAAUAGAGGUAAAACUUUCCUCUUGAAUUUUGUUUUCUGUAUUGUUGAAAUACAAAAACUGAAAGAGUGUUAUGAAAUUUCCUAUAAAGUUAUAUAGGUUAUUUGAAAAAGGUAGCUAUGAACUUCCACUUCCUCAAUAUUGAUCUGAUUUUCUCAAAUAAUGUGGUCUCAAGUUUCUCAAAAUAAUGUGGAGAAUUUCAUCUCUGUACUGUGGGAGGAGCAGUUUGUAAAAACAUAAAUAACUUUUUACAUAAACCAAAUAAAGGUUCCAAUGGAUGAAACGUUCAUUAUGCUUUAAAUAUUUAAAAAAGUAAAAAGUUUAUGGAUAUUUAAUUAAAGAAAAAUUUUACUUAUUUGGAAUGAUGUCACAAAAUCUAUGAGAGUAGUGUGCAUAGUAUUAAAUAUUUUAAAUAAGGUCAUGUUUAUAUAACGAGAUGGCUUCAUAACAGCGCCCCAAUAAAGGUUAUUUUCCUAAUUGUUCUUAAUAAGAAUGCAUUACAUUUAUAUGUUGCAUCAUCCUUGCAAAUGUUUAUAUUUUGACAAAUACUAGCCAACUUGCAUAAAGGCAUCGAAACCUUCAUGGUGGGCUAUCCUUAAGCUGCAAUCCAUUUGCAUAAAUACAGUAAAAUUUAAUUAAAAUUGGGCAUGUAAAAUGGAAAAAAAAAAAAAAAAAAAA